AUGUCGUCGUACAACGACAGCGACGCGGCGGAGCGGCCCAUGCGACUCAAUCGCUAUAUCCCCUCCCCGAUUCUGUCACCGAUCCCGACGAGCCCCUCGUACUACUCGCACCGUGAAGGGAGGGACCGCAGCUCCAACCUCCAGGCAGGCGCCGGCGACGCGCAGCAGCGACGGUGGAGAGGCGAGCGGGACCCAUCACGGCGUCCUCCGGUGGAGCCCGUAGCGGGCCAUGAUUCAUCCUCGAGGCACCGCGCAGCAGAGGACUUCCGCAGCAUCCCGCGAGCUGCAUCAUCGCCACGUACGCCGCAGGCCCACGCCCGCUCUGCGCGAGGUCAAGCAUGUGCUGAGGUGGAUCCGGUCACCGAAGAGCAGCAGAGCGCCGAGAAGUGCACAAGUGACGAAGGUCUUGUCGCCGCAAGGCCUCGCCCUGUAGCGGGGGACGUGAGGGAGCGUCCAUCCUUUGGAACGAAGGCGUGCCGCAGUACUGCAGACGAGGAUGACGUCAGUGCAGAGCCCGCAGCUCGUACACAACGAGUUGCAAGCGACAGUGUUAGAUCUGCGCACGACUCACGUCGCGUGAGGGGUGCGCUUAGACGUGAGGAUGAAGACAGCGAAGGCUGCCGCGCGCUCUCGGCUGACCCUGAGAACUGGUGGUCGCGGAAGUCGUUGCCCGCCGGCUGCGCGCGAUGUAACUACCGUCUUCCCGAGGACCUGAUCGAAUACCUGCAGGAGACGUCGAUGUACCGGUCGGUGCCACGCCCCUAUUGCCCGGAAUGCGGCACUCGACUCGCGCCCGCUGUCAGGGACACCCGUGGCGACGGUGACGACAGCGUCUAUGACAGUCCACGGUUACCACCGCGUCCCAGCCCACCGCGACGACGAGAGCGCCGCUCAAAGCCCGUGAACGCUCCUCAGCAAAAUCCCCACGAAAGGCGAAGCAGCUCUUCGGCGUCAAGCGAUAUCGAUAUAGACGUGCUAGAUGCCGGCAGCGGCUCCAGCGAUGACCCAAAGCACGAAUCGCAACCGUCGCGGGGAGCGCCGCCGCAGUUCUCCCGCCCCAAGCCCACGACCGAGAAGCCCGUGCCUCCCCCACCACCUUGUCAUCCUCCGACGCCAGUGCCACCGCACCGUGGCGGAGCACAUGGCGACACCGAAUGGACGCCCAGGGAGAAGUCUGUCAUGGUUCUGGCCAAGUCGCCAUACCUCACCCUUGAUACCGUGCCCUGCAGCCUUGAUUACGCCACGAGAGCGGCGGUGGCAAGCAAUGACCGGCGUCGAGGCCAGGAAGGCAUCAGCACCCUCAGCCCAGACGGCAUCGCCGCUCCGUGGGUAGUGGGGGGGUGCAUGGCGUGCUGCCAACAGGCUAGCGCCGGCCUCGCGGGAAUUUGUUGCUGCGCCAUGCCCUGCGUCCUCUUCCGCGAACGCCAGCAGCUACUCCUGCACAAACUGCGCAGUCGCUACAUCUGCUGCGCCGGUGCCUUCCCUUGCUGCGUUCCACCGGCGUCGCUGCGUCCGGAGCUGUACUACACGAUAGGGCCCGAUUACCUCUACAGCCCCGCCAUGGACGCUGCGGCCGGUCGAUAUUGGGAUGGCGUCCUCGACGCCAGCACGGCAGUGUCUCAGCAGCGGCACUGGCAUGACCUUUGCACGGUGAGCAAUGAUAAGGGCGAAGGGCGGGUGACCUCAUCAAACCUCGCCGGAGGUGGACGGGCGUUACUUGCCGCCUUCCGUUCCGUGAACGGUGUCGCCUCCCCCGCCUCGCUUGUGAACCCGCAGACGGGCCUGCCCCUGGACGGCUGCUACUCAAACGUGCCUUUCUACCAAAGCGUCAGGCCGUCCGCCUGCUGUGUCACCUCGUCGGCGCCCGCUUCAGUGGGCACAGGUUGCUGUGGCUGCAUCAGCUGCGCCUGUGACAGCACGCGUGGUUGCUGUCUCUAUUGCGCGCACCCCACCGCCCACUGUUUGGCGUGCCCCCUGUGCUGUCUGUGCUGCGAGAUGACGUGCUGCAUGCCGUGCGCUCUGUGGGCGAACCGGCUCCUGAUCCGCCAGCAUUACCACCUCGUCCCCGACACGGCCGUCGACGGAGGGGCUGUGUGCUGCUACACGUGCUGUGUACAGUGCUGCACAUGCUUGUGCACGCGAGCGUACGCCCCGAAGAUGGCCAGCGCCGCCAUGGACAAGCGCAUCGGCAGUAUUGCUACGCCUGUAGCAAGCACGGCUAAGGCUGCCGUAUCACCGACGUCCCUUUCGUGCUGGUUUCAGCUGUCCACCACUGUCGCCGCGUGUCUGGCGGCUGUGUGCUGCUUGUGUCCCUGUGCGGCCUGUGGGUUAGCGCAGCAGCGAGAUCAGAUCCAUCGGCUGGGAUACCCGCUUGUCGUUGAAGUUCCUCCAGAAAUCGACAUGAUGUAG